AUGCUCUUUCAUGCUGCUGUCGCCAUCGCCCCCUGGCGUCAUGAUCAGUAUGACGCGGGGGACUUUCUGAAGGUCAACCUGCCCAUGGGCAUCAGCGUGUCCUUCCUGGCCUGGAGCGUGCUGGAAUUUCCCACGGCCUUUCAGCUCACGGCCUCCACGAAUCCGGCCCUGGACAACCUCCGGCUGGCCGCCACCUACCUCAUGGACUGCCACGUCGGGGAGCGGCAGUAUGUAGGCCAGAUCGGCGACCCCGCCGCCGACCACCAGUUCUGGGGCCGGCCCGAGGAGCAGAACGUCAGCCGCCCGGCCUAUGUCUGGCUGGACUCCAUGCCUGCCAGCGACCUGCUGGGCGCCGUCUCUGCAGCCCUGGCCUCCAGCCACCUCCUCUUCAAGGAGAGCGACGCCGAGUUUGCCACUGCGCUGCUGAGCCACGCGCGGGAGCUGUACGCCUGGGCCAAGGCCGACACUGGCCUGUGCGGGGCGUCGUUCCCCGCCGCCACCAAGGUCUACGCCUCCUCGCGCUACCUGGACAAGCUCAUGUAUGCCGCCGCCUGGCUGUUCGGGGCCACGGGGGAGGCUGCGUACGCCGCCGACGCCCACGCGUUCUGGAACGCGUCGGGGGGCUACGGGGACGUCUUCCCCAGCUGGGACUCCACCCACGUGCCGGCGGUGAACCUGCUCCUGCAACUCGCCAGCCAGGUGAGCGUGAAGCUCACCAGGACCCCGCUGGGCCUGGUGUACCCCACCUGGAGCACCUGGGGUAUCCUCUCCUACUCGACCAACGCUGCCUUCAUGAUGGCGCUGCGUGCCUCCUACUCAGCAAACGACAGGGAGUCAGUGCUGGCCUUUGUCCGGAACCAGCUGAACUAUGCCUUGGGUAGCACAGGCCGGAGCUUCGUGGUGGGGCUAGGGGUAGACCCGCCGCGUCAGCCCCACCACGCCGCCGCCUCGUGCCCAGACCUGCCGGCGGAGUGCGGCUGGGCCCACUUCUCGGCCGCGGGGGCGAACCCCCAGGUCCUGACCGGGGCGCUGGUGGGGGGUCCGCCCUCAGGGGAUGGGUCGUAUGUGGACCUCAGAUCCGACUACAAGACCAACGAAGUGGCAAUCACAUACAAUGCCGGGUUUGCAGGAGCCUUGGCUGGCGCCAUUACCCUGGCCUGA